ACAGAUUUGGUCCAGUCCAAUGGGUCCCGUUUUCCAAAAUUUGAUUUGGUAGAGAGAGAAGAGCUUCAUAGAUAAUCUUGAAUCCCACGUCACCAAGGAGGAUAAAACAUUGCCUAACUUCUCAUCAAUCCUUUGUUCCUCCCAAUUAAAUAAUGCAAAAACAAAAACACCGUUCUUUUUAGGAAAAUAAAACCUUUUUUCAAGGAAAAAAUUAAAUAAAAAAAGUCUCUAAAUUGAAAAUCAACCCCCCUACCCCCCACCCAAAAAAAAAAAAAAAUCUCUCUAUGAUCGAGCUUUUCACGGGUUAUCAAUGCAAGACAUCGGCGAAUUUGGGGAUAUCAUGAAGUUCAAGAAAGGAAGUAGAGUGGAGGUGUUAAGAAAAACACACUUGUCGUCCUGUGCAUGGCGGUGUGGUGAGAUUAUCUCGGGAAAUGGACAAACUUAUUGGGUUAGGUAUGAUGGUUUGUCGGGUUUGAAUAGUGAGGAUGAUGUGGAGAGUGUGUCAAGAGAGGUAAUUAGGCCCUGCCCUCCACCUGCGGAUGUUUCAGAUGGUUGGGCUGUUGGUGAUUUGGUGGAGGUGUUCGAUAAUCUUUGUUGGAAAACCGCAGCAGUUAUGAAGGUCAUGAGGGGAAAUUGUUGCUUGGUUAGGCUAAUCGGGUCUUCAACAGAACUUCGAGUCGACAAAGUUAACAUUAGGAUGCGCCAAUUAUGGCAAGAUGGUGGAUGGGUUGAAAUUGGAAAGGGUUCUGGCAGUUUUGAAAAUGAGAAGUUGAAUAAACCAUCAGUUUUCAGUUGUUAUCAGAAGAAGAGGUCUCUAAUGCAGCAAGCCAGUGAGAAGAGGAAAGUGCAAGCAAGAGAAACUUGUUUAGCUAUUGAGCACAACCUUGGUUUCCAGGAGUCUUGUGCUAUGUCAGCUAGAACAUCCAAGAGGGCAUCCCCAGUUUGGGCAACUCACUUGGAAUCAUGUAAUGAAAAAGUUGACAAAAUGAGAGCAAUUGAGAAACAGAGUGAGGUCCGGCGAGUGAUAUCAGGGUACCCAUCCUCAUUCAUGACAAAGGGCCACAGUUGGAGGCAUGCGAAUUUUGCUUCCAAAGGUCUAGAGAUGAUGCUGGGGACCUGUGGUUCACCAUCAUUUUUCUGGCUCAACGAGUUGGGGGCAAUGUGUGCUGGGAUCAUGUGCAGAGUACUGGAUGAAUUAAAAGCAGAACUCUGAUAUGGCUGACAUGAGGAGGUCAUCUUAGCUCCAAGAUUGAAUCAUGCACAAGAUUUAUCUUGCCCUUCCUUUUUGGGUACAAAUGCAUGUUCUCUUACUGAUUACAAUGUCAUUAACUGCUAAUUUUAUUUAACCCAAGUUUCCUUCAAAAUAUGUAUCCCUUCUGGUUUUCUUUUGGCAGUUUAUGUUUUAUAAUGUGGUACUGUUAGAAUUGGAGUGGAGUACUCAGUUGGCUGCUGCCAGUUUUGUGUAAGAAGUACAAAUCUACUAGUUUAUUGAUCAGCCAUCAAAUCAGUAAAUAUGCAAGUCAUAUUGUCCAUGGGAAAGGAGGGUCUAAUGAAUUCUUGCUAUUUGAAUUGUUGGGGUCCUGGACAUGGGUUUCAAUAUUUGGUUGAAAUGGCAAUGUAUGCUGGAAUAGUGACAGUCUGUUGGGCUGUUCUGGAGACCGAGCACCAAUGUAGGCUUAGGAACAACAAUAGGAUUUGAUUCCCUGAAGAAGCAUCCGGAAACAUUCAUUGAAGGCUAAGUUUAUUUCCCAAAAUUAUACUCUUGAUUACUUUGACAGCACAGCACCAGAUGGUAAGUACUGAUGUAUUAUAUAGUAUAUGGAUUUAUUUGGCAGGUUCCCAAGUAUUCAGAUUUUGAAUGAUAUCUAGAAAGUAACAAUGUUAGAACUUCAUCAAGCAUUGAUUUUCAUAUGAAUUUGAUCCGAAGUAAUGAUUAACCUCUAAUUUUUUCAUCUCAAA